AUGGACAGCAUGGAGAAGGCUGCAUCCUCUGUCCUGCAUCGGAGCCCGGCGGAGCUGCUCCUCUGUCCGUCGGCGCGGGUGAUAUCAAAACCGAACGGCGGCCACGAUAGUUAUUUCCAUUCCACCACGGCCAUGGGGGUCUAUGACGGCGUCAGCGGGGUGGCGAGAGUUCCGGGCUGUGAUCCAAAGGCGUUCUCAUCGGUGAGAUGCAGUGGCAGAUGCAUUUGGAUGGAUGGAUGGAUGGAUGCAUCUGCAGUGAUGCACUGCAUUAUUUGUCCAUGGAUAUCGUAUCGAUGCAUCGACCUGUGUGGUUUUCCGUUGCAGAGGCUGGCGAUGGAGUGCAACAAGGCCGAGAAGCACAUCACGGAGGCCGGCUACCAGAGCAAAACCCACAAGCGAGCAGCCACGGUGCUCUCCGAGGGCAUUUCGGGGCUCAGAAGCUCCGGGUUAGUAAGACCUCCAUCCAUCCAUCCAUCCAUCCAUCCCAUCGCUGUUGGCUCUGUGUGUUUGUUUCUGCGUCAGGUUGAGGGGGUCUACGACUGCUGUUUUGUGUACCGUCCACGGCACCAACCUGGAUGUCGCGUGCAUCGGCGACUCAAGGGUGAGCGUGUACCGGCGCCAGGGCGAGAAAGGCAACUUCGUCGAGAUCUACCGCUCCCGCACGACCCACUUCAGACCGCACGACACGUUCAACUGCCCGGCGUAAGUGUUCCUUUGCCUGCACAGGCUGUCCUCCCACACCACACACAAACAUGCCCAUCCAUUCAUUGUGGCCGAUUUCUGUCUGGUCUGUGUGUUGGUUGACAGGCAAGUGAGCCGCGUGCCGUUGGAGGUGCCAGGCCGCUACCACACCCACUGGUCCCGCGACGCCCCCUUCGCCCCGGCCACCCCCGAGAGUCUGAGAGAGCUCAUGAGUGAGGAGACCGUGCGCAUCCGUGUUGGCGACAUGGUGGUGAUGGGCUCGGACGGGCUGUGGGACAAUCUGUUUCAGCACCAAGUGGCCCGCAUCAUCAACAGCACGCACACGGCCACCACGCGCGGCACUAGAAGCAACAGCAGCAGCCCCGUCGCCGUGAGUGAGGCCGUAUCUGACGCUCUGGUCAAGGCCGCGUACCAGUGCAGUAUCCUGAGGGACAUCCUGUCGCCCUUCACACUCGAGGCGCGAGCUCAUGCGAGGCGGGAAGUGGCGAAGAUGGGACUGAGUGCGCCGCUGGGUCUGAGGCAGGACGCCAGCAUGUUGGGCGGGAAGGUCAGAGCAACACUCACAUCACUCCCUGCACACAUGGAUGGAUGGAUGGAUGGCUGUGUACGUGUGUGUGUUCAGCCCGACGAUAUCACGUGUGUAGCAGCGGUGUGCGUUGGGGAGCGGCCGGCGAUUGACAUGGCCGUGCGGUGCAGGGAGGGCGAGAUCGCCCCGCCAGCCCAGCUGGGCCCCCGUGAGAUAGCCAACAUGCUCCCAGACGUAAGCACACGAGGACACGCACCACAACGGACUCACACCACUAUCUGCGUCUCUGUCUGUGUGGUUUCUAUCCUUGGAUUCCUUGUCUCUACUGCACUGCAGCUGGUGUACCUGUCGAACAUGUCGGUCAUAACACACACCACACAUCCACCCCACCGUCAAUCGGUUUAUGACGUGUCUCAUUUAUUUUGUGUGUGCUGA